CUCUAGCUCACUACUAAACACCAGUUUUUUGAAUAAACCCUAGUGUUUAUUUACUUCAAGGCUUAUUGUGGCGGGAUUUUCAACACCAGAAAUUUAUCAAGUCAAAGGGCAUGGAUCGCGCGCCCGCAGCAUAUGAGACUACUUAUGAGACGAGAUAUGAAACUACCGAUGUAUCCUCUAUAAUCAAUAUUGGUUUUGUUCGCAGUUUAAGUGGAAUUUUGAAGCUUUCUGAAAUAUUACUAAGUUGCAUUGUACUGAUCUGUGUUGCUGCAACCUCCUUUUGGUCUCUUCACCCGUCUGGUGGAUGGGUGAAUUUUGUUGCCUCUGUCACUUUAAUCUGCUCAGCUGUCUUCUAUAUCUUCUAUCUAUUCAAUCUAAUCAGAAAAUUACCUGGCCCAUGGAUUAUCAUUGAGUUCUCUGUUCUCCUGAUAUGCACCUUCUUUUGGUUUAUAACAUUAAUUGUUGCAUCAGCAAAUCAUUAUAAAGGCAAUGGAGCGAUUGCAGCAGCUGUAUUCUCUGCUGUCGCCUUGGCUGUCUACAUCACUGAGCUAGCAACACGUUUCCGAUGUGAACGUCGAGGGAAUGGUUUCAUUAUUACAAUGACUGGUGUAAUGACUACACAUGUUACACGUGGUCCACCAACAUUUGCUCAACCAGCACCAGCAGUACCUGGUGGGCAUAUACCACAUGAAACAACAGAUCCGCAUAUUGGUUUUUCAGGCGCCUACGCCCCCGGGGAACGUGCCGAUGAAGGUUAUGUUAUGCCAUAGACAGAUAUAUAUUGGACAGACAGAGAGUGUAUUUGUGCGUGUGUAUGUGCGUGUGUGUAGCUAGUUUCUAUUCAGACAAUUGUGUAUUCACA